UCUAUUAAUCGAUUUCAGGUUGGGCGACUUCUGUGUUCUAGAUACAGAUAUAUGGCAGUGGUCUGAACUGACUAGCUUCGGCGACUUACCUACAGCUCGUGAUUUUGCUGCCGCUUCUGCUAUUGGGAACCAAAAAAUUGUAUUGAGGUGGUGUCCCAAUCAUGGGUGAUUUCUUGGCUUUGAAGGGUCUGAUAGAUGAAGAAAGAGCGUGAAACACCUGGAUGGAGUCUGGACCCAACUCAAGCUUCCUGGACAAGCACCAUCUUCUCGAUGUGGUCAUACAGUUACAUCUGGAGGGCAUUAUCUUCUGUUAUUUGGGGGACAUGGAACUGGUGGAUGGCUGAGUCGUUAUUAUGUCUAUUAUAAUGAUACUAUAAUUUUGGACAGAGUAACUGCUCAGUGGAAGCGUUUACCAAUAAGCAAUGAUCCUCCUCCUCCUUGAGCUUACCAUACCAUGACUGGUAUUGAUGGAAAAUUGACCUUCGGUGAUCUCUGGUGGUUGGUUCCCGAAGAUGAUCCGAUAGCCAAGAGGUCUUCUGUACCUCAACUUAUAAACCCUCCUGAAAUUAAUGAGUCAGAGAGAGAAUUGGACAAACAGGAAAGGGGACAAGAGGGAUACAGUAUUGUUGAGUUGCAAAAGAAAAUGGGAAUAUCUGUUUCAUCAGGGUUGCGCCUUCAAAGUCCCAAUGAGUCAGAAGAUCAAGAAUUCGUUGAAUUAGGAACAAGAUUAAUUGAGGGAGAUGUAGCUGAUUCAGAUGGCACUUCGUCGAGAUUGGAAAGAGUCCACUCCAAGAACUUUACAACUAAAGGAGCUUGGUUCCUUACUUGGGGAUUAUCAGCGACUUGUUACCCGAAAAUUCGCUACACAGAGCAGCUUAACAUCUGCUGAUUUUGGCCUCCCCGGAACAAAGACCUUUAUGUUUUAUCAUAUCAAAAGCUCUUCCCAGGAAAUUCCGCAUGAUUUCCUCCUGUAAUUAGCUCUCGUGAACAUUUGAAACCAAUUAAUCAACGUGUUGCAUCAUCGUAAUGACCAUGGUACGAAUCUCACCUUGAAUUAUGUAGCUGCCUAAAUAAUCUGUUUUUAAAUUAUUUUGAGCACAUGUACUUUUUUCCAAA